AUGUAUGAUCAAACUGAAGUGGAGUAUCUUGUCAAUUUAAUAAUUAGUACACAAAAAUCAGCGAAAUCCUUUACACCUUUUGAUGAUUAUCAUAACUUAUCUUACGACUCACAUCUCGCCACAUCACCAUCGUCGCGGCUACCGUCAUCCUUGUCGUCAUCACCAAGCGUUCCUCGUCAAAAAAUCCUCAUAUGUGGGUCACCAGAUGAUAUAUCACCAUGUCUGGAUUAUGCAAUCACAGCAACACCCGGAAAAAUUGACUAUUCCUCCUUAAUUAUUGCCAGCACUGAUAUAGAUGAAUUGAUUGCUCACUACUUCGGAAAGAUCAAAAUUCAUCUUGUCAACUGGGAUGAAACAGAUUAUGAAGAAAUGCUGAUUGAACGAAUACGACCUAGAUCGGAUAACUUUAUAAUCCCAUUGGUUAUUGAAUUUCAACCGACUAUCAGAAGAAUAAAACGAAUAAGAGAACUACUAGAAAAGGAUGGCACACUAGUAAUACCAAGCGAGAAUCCUACAUGGCGAAUACGAUAUACGAAUUUGAUGAAUAGUUUUACAAAAAAUAAUGGUACAUUGAUUAAGUUGGCUGAGAAUGUAUUCGAUGCUGGAUUCACACGCCAAAUUGAUCAUCUGCUGGGCAGAAGGCAUAUGCAUUCACGCAUAUAUUUUGGAUACGAAAAACCGAUAGAAUCACCACAGAAAUUUAUAGACUAA